AUGGACAAUUCAUACCUCACAUCCCAAGUCACCUCGGCAAUCGAAUCUCUUCACGGAAUUUUUGACGAAAUUGGUGUUCCACAUCAUGAUCGCGAAUCCAAAGAAGCGGCCUUGUUCGCCGCCCUUUCUGAAACCCUGCAGAGCCAUCUCCGUCUGGUCAACGCCGAGAAGAAUGCUCUGGUUGAAGAGGCCAAUAAAUUGAUCUCCGGUAUUCGACAGAUCCAUCGUGCAAUGGACGAUGGUGCAAGCGCAAAUAUGUAUGAUGACCUGGUGGUGACAAUUCCGCUCCGGGUCUGCGUGGAGACCUUAAAAAACAAGCAUAAUAUGCUACGUAGCCAGUAUGACCAGGAGUUCGAAGGAAUAAAAAAACUCGUCCAAGCCCUCCAAUCCUAUGUCUGCAAAUUGGAAGAUGGGUUCCUCCGUCUCCAGCUCCCAAAUCUUACCAACCCGACCUACACUUUCAAGAUCACCGGGGCUUCGAAGAAGAAACUUGAAGUUGAAUUUGCCCGCGUUUAUGAGGAGUUCACGCGUAGGAUUGCGACAGUGAAAACCCUAAGCGCUGAAAUCGUCAAUUUAUGGGCAGAUCUUGGGACGCCAUCCCACCUUCUUGAUCGAAAGAUUGUAGAUGCAUGCAGAGAGAAUUACGAUGGCUUUGAUAUCAAACUAGAUGCAAUCACUGCUUUGAGAUCUAAGAAGCAAAAACUGGUGGACGAGAGGACUAUCAGAGAACGCAAAAUCAACGACAUUCACCAGCAACUCCAACCUCUCUGGGAAAAAUUCCAACAAGAUGACCAGGAGGAGGACAGGUUCCUGCAACAGAACAGGGGGUUCAGCCUUUCUGUUAUCCAAAAUUGGGAAAACGAACUCGAAAGGUUGCUGGAAGUUAAGAAAGAGCACAUGCAUAUCUUUAUUUCAGACGCUAGAACAACCCUUCAAGAGAUGUGGGAUGUUCUAUACUACACUGAGGAUGAGAUGUAUGAUUUCACAGCAGCUUGGUCCUCAUCAAAUACGGAAGCAGUGCUCCGUUCUCAUGAAAUGGAAAUUGCGCGACUUCAGAAGAUUAUCGAUGAACGCAGCCCUAUACUCAGCUUGGUUGAAAGAUAUCAAACACUUGUGAAUGAUAAGGCGAGCUUGGACGCUUCUUCCCAGGACCCAUCCCGUCUGCUAGCCAAAGGGCCUAGAGAUCCCACAAGGCUACUGCGAGAGGAGAAGACAAGGAAGAAGAUUGCCAAGGAACUUCCAAAGAUUGAGAGUGACCUGGUUGUUGCUCUUGAGGGUUGGGAGGCAGAACAUGGAGAGCCAUUCAUAGUUCUCGGUGAACCUUUCCUCCACACUAUUCUCGAGAAGCAACGACCCAAUUCGAAGACCCAACAAUCGGCGGCUUCUGUUCUGAGAUCGACUGCUGGACCGAGAGCGGCCACCCCCAAGGUUGCUGCGACCCCUAAGCCGGCUCCCGCAAGACCCAAUAGUGCUGCUGGUCUGCGCUCAGCCGCUAGGACUCCAGUCGCCUCUUCCAAGGCGCCCCCAUCGCGGGCUGCCACAAAGUCUCCAACACCAUACAAUCGACAGCCUCUGUCUAAUUUAGCCCGUAAUCUGCAGGGCUCACCUGAGCGGAAACCCCCGGUCCCGGCCCGUAGCACGACGCCGGCUACCCUUGGGAGAAGAUCCAACAAUCCGACCAAAACACCAAGUAGUGCUGGUGGAAGCAUUCGACGAAUGCCUGCAUAUAUGGCUCAACAAGCCGCUCAGACGAGUGCUAACUCAGUUAGGCAUCCGCCUCCCAGGAUGAAGUCAUUCGACCUUCUCACUAAAGAGAAUGUGCCACCUCAUCCUCAAAUACAUUCGGUUGCUCGAAAUAUAAUGGCGCACAUUCCAUCGGAUAUGAGUACCGCCUCGACCAUCUGCAGUCCGCUUGAGAAUAUGAUGGCGAGACGGGGGGAUUCUUUCGACAGAAUGGGCUUUAUUCAAGAAUCGAAGGAAAUUAAGCAUGCUGUUUCGUACGACGACAUGAACCGAGUUCCAUCGCUUACAUCACAAGCCUCAACCCUAGCUUCGGUCGGUAGUGGCGUAAGCAGUGAGAAUUGGGAAACUUAUGGAGACGAUUCCGACUACGAACAAGAUGUUAGCAAGCAUUAUUUCGACAAGCUAAAGGCUGUGAAAGACCGAAGAAAUCUCGAUAAUUUCAGUCUUCACUCGAGGAAGGUUCGCGGGAUUGUUCCUGGCGUUCGAGAGGUCUCACAAGACGAUGAUUGGGAAGACGAGGCUUACUAA